AUUAUUAACAAUUUACAUACAGAAAUGUUACAAUUUCUUUUAUUAUUCUCUAUUGUGGAUUUAUCAUCAAGUUUAUUAAACUGGAAUGAUAUUCUGAGUGGAAGUCAUCAAAAUCGAAUUGAUGACAAGAAUGGAGAGUGGCAAUUUUCCAAGAGAGGAAAAUUUAAAGGAUCUCAAUAUGAUGUAUGUCGAACAAAGGAAUGUUUUAAAAUUGCCGCAGAAUUUUGGCAAAGCAUGAAUAAAUCUGUCGAUCCUUGUGAAGAUUUCUAUGAAUAUGCAUGCGGCAGUUAUAAAAUUUACAAUCCAAUUCCGCCCAGUGAAAUGUUAUGGAGUCCUAUUAUCAAAAUGCAAAAAGAAGUACAUAAUAAAAUUCGGGAUAUUUUGGAGGAGGACAUAAAACCAAGCGAUAUUUUACCUGUAAAGCAAGUGAAAAAGUUUUAUCAGUCAUGCAUGGAUACAGAUGCUAUAGAGAAAAUAGGAAUAAAACCUUUAGAUGCAAUUUUAACACAAAACGGUGGAUGGCCAAUGGCAAUGGAGCCAAUUGAAUGGAAUCAGGAAGAAUUUUCUUGGAAGCAAAUACAUGAUUAUUACACUCAAUUAGCAAAUGUUUCACCAUUAUACCAAAUUUCAGUAGAUACUGAUAGUAAAAAAAUUGUUAAUGCAUCUGAUAAAGUGAAUAAUAAUGAAAAAAUUAAAAUCAUAAAAUUGUAUAGACCAAACUUGCCGACUGUUCUUUUCGAUCCAAAUGAGUCGUUUGAUAGACAAAAGAUUUAUGACGAUGGCAGUUAUGCAAAAUUCAUUGUUCAAGUUGCUAAAAUAUUUGCCAAAGAAAGAGAAGCGAAUGUUGACGAAGAACAAUUGGAAAAGGACGCGCAAGAUAUUAUUAAACUGGAAAAAUUAAUACACAACAAUAAGUUUAAAAAUUACUCAAUUGUUCACUUUACUUUGCAAGAAUUUCAAGAUUAUUAUGAUGAGGAAAGUAAAAAAACUAAAGACUCGAGGAUAAAUUGGAGAAAAACAAUUAUGGAUCUUUUUUCGAUAGCUAACAUUCAUUUGGAUGAUACCCAAAUUGUUUCGGUGGUACCAUUUAUAUUUUUUAAAACUCUUUCUAACAUUCUCAAUGAAAUAAAUCCUCGUACAAUAGUAAAUUAUCUUCACUGGCAUUUUUUGACUAACAUGUUGCCUUACACACAUUCGAGAAUUCAAGAAUUGAUCUAUGAAUUUAAAAAGAAAGAAGCCGGGGUAAAAGAAGAAACACCAAGAUGGCGAACGUGUGUGAAAAAUGUGGGAAUGAGAGACGCGAUUUCUUAUAUGUUUGUCAAAACAUAUUUCCAAGACAAAAUGAAAAUCGAUACUGAAAAAAUGAUUUCUUCCAUAAAAAGUGCAAUGACGAAACAUAUUUUAAAAGCUGAUUGGUUGGAUGACAGUAUUAGGAAAAUGGCAUUUCAAAAAUUAAAGAAACUGCAACACAAUAUCGGAUAUCCCGAUUGGUACAACAAUGUAACGGCGGUUAAUAAUUUUUAUCGUGGUCUACCAAUUGGACAAGACUUUUUCACUAAUAUUUUAAGUCAAGAGAAAUUUUCUUUAAAACAAACUUUAAGAAGCCUUCACAGUAAACCCAAGACAAAUGUAUGGUUUCUGAAGCCAAUUGUUGUGAAUGCUGUCUAUUUGCAAAGUGCAAACUCGAUAACUAUUCCGGCUGCUGAUUUUCAACUCCCUUUAUUUACACCUGAACAAAUUGAGGCAAUUAAUUAUGGAGCUCUGGGUAUGGUAGUAGCUCAUGAAAUGUCUCAUGGUUUCGACGAUUCAAGCAUCCAAUAUGACUCAGAAGGAAACAAAAUUAAAUGGCCAACAGAAGUGAAAGAAGCUUAUGAUAACAGAGCAAAAUGUUUUGUUAACCAAUUCAAUGAUAUCAAUUUCAAUAAAUCAAUAGAGGAAGAUUCACCCGAAAAUAUAGGCAAAAUGAAACUAGGUGAAAAUAUUGCUGAUACUUUGGGAAUCGACGUAUCAUUUGAUGCUUUUGAAAUUCUCGAGAAGGAGAAAAAACAAGCAAGACUUCCUGGUUUUGAAGACAUUACUAGUGAUCAACUAUUCUUCUUGUCAUUCGCAAAAUUGUACUGUGAAAAUGCAACACCAGAAUUUGAAUCAAUGUCAGUGAAAUAUGAUACUCACGGUUCAGGACGUUAUCGAGUGACAGCAUCACUUAAAAACUCGGAGGGUUUUUCAAAAUCUUUCAAUUGCCGCGUUCAAAGUCUAAUGAAUCCUAAAAAUAAGUGUAAACUCUGGAAGUAAAAAUAAAAUAUUAAGAUUAAGGUUUUUUUCCGUAUAAAGAAACAUGUGAAAACUGUUUUUCUAUAAUUAUAUAACAUAAUUUAUUAAAUAGUUACAAGUGUA